CAGUGCGCUCGACUGACAGCUGUAGCUGCAAAAUGUAACCAAAUUUUCCAGUCCUUGUACAGGCAAACAGCAGCAGCAGCAGCGGCACCAGCAGCAAUCGUGAAGACCGUCUAGCCAGGUACGGACGUGUGGCGUGCGCAUGCCGAACGCAAGCAAAACCCCGCUAGAACGUGUGCGGUACUGUGAAUUUGCUUUGGGUUGUUGUUUUUUUUUGUUUUGACUGCUGGGAAGACAACCUCGCGAGGGGGCCGUUCGAUGAAAAAGGGACAGUGAAUCUGUGUGUUCGUGCAGCUGUUUGCUUUCAGCGUGUGCAGUGGCCCCGGCACGCCACGCUACGGCCGAACGGGCGCAGGUUGUGUCCACGCUCGGAUGGUCGGCUCGGUUGCAACGUGAUAAUCCUGCCAGACACAGUUCGAGCCCUGGAGGCUACCGGACCGCCCCAGCAGCAGUAGCAGCAUGCUUGGCUCCCCGGUCGAAGUGCGGUACGACAAUGGUGAUUCGGUGGUGCUAAUCCAGGCGGACGGUGGUGGUCCGGCCCGCAGUUCGACCGGCGGCGGUGCGACGGCCAACCAACCGAAUGCGUCCCGAAGCCCCGGCGAGGAACGUCUAGCCCGGAACGGCGAGAGCGGUGGUAGUGUCGGUGGUGCUGGCGGUAGUGGCGGCGGUGGCGGAGGCGUUGGAGUUGGAGCAAGUGGUAGCCCCGGAUCGGGUGAGUCGCGGCACAUCAUCAUCCACGAUCGGCCCCGAGCGGCCGGUGGCGGUGGUUCCAUCACCAUCCUGACGCCGACGAACAACCUGAAGAUCAGCAUCAACAAGAAGCGCCGCUACCCUGGCCGGCCGCACGAGUACCAGAGCGCCAAGCGGGCGCUCACGCACAACCUGCGGCACAAGCUCGGCGAGCUGGACAAGCUGCUGAAAGCGUGCGACAACGAGGACGACGACGAGGACGACGACGAGGACGAGGACGACGUGAUGCAGGAAGGUGAUGUGCAAGUCCGUGCGCCAGCAGCAAACGGGACGGGUAAAAGGUCACCCGCAGCAGCUAAUACUUCUCCUGUCGUCCCUCCUUCUCCUUCGCCUCCUCCUGCGUUUUCGCUUCUGGCGAGGAAAGAUGCGGUGCCGCUGCCGUCGGUAAAGCCCUGCCAUCCCUCCACGACGGCGGAGAAGGUGGAACAGGCGUGCCAGAUCGUCUCCGCCACCAGCACAAGCAACGGUGCGGAUAGCGGCGACGGCAGCAGUGAUGCGCGGGAAGAGGAAUCGGUGGAGAUUGACCACCUGAGACCGUGCGAGGACGUGCUGGUGCGGAUCUCGAACAACGAUCAGUAUUACCUCGGCACCGUCAUCGAGUUCGAGCCGAAGCGCAGCUGUCUGGUGCGGUUCGAGGACCAAACCACGGUGCGGGUCGAGCUGUCGCGCAUUACGCGCAUGGCCGGCAACGGGGUGCGGAAUCCGCACACGGCCAACCCCAGGCAACCGUCCCCCUGCCCGCGCUCGGUUGAUCAGGCGGUACAGGUGGACCGGGAGGAACGGCACGACAAGGCGGAGCAGCAGCGGCAAGAAAACGUGGAGCAGGUAGAGCGGACGAAACGGGAGAAGCAGUUAGAGCACGUGGACCAGAGGCCACAGGAGGAGUUUUUGGAGGAAUACUUAGAGCAGGAGGAGCCGGAGCGACCAGCAGCGAAUGGGAAAUGCUCGGGCGAACGGGACCAACAGGAGAUGCUCGUGGAUCACGUGGAGGAGAAGGAGCCGGAAGAAGAGUGUGUUUCGCUUACGAACGAACACGCACCCAACAGCCUAUCAGCAGCAUCCCAAGCACCAUCAGCGCAACCGGCGCCUAAAUUUCGUUCGAUCGUCAUUCCAGAUGAGUUUUCGCCGCUAACCAGCGCCAGCCAGCUGCCGUACAGUCUGCACGCCCUCCACUGGGAUAGCGAGCAUCGGGUGAACGCGGAACGGCACUACUGCUACUGCGGUGCGGACGGCGAGUGGACGCGCGAAAUGAUCCAGUGCCGGCGCUGCGAACAGUGGUUCCACGGGCGGUGCGUACGCAGCCUGCAGUUUCCCAUCCUGCUGGGCGACACGUUCUACCUGUUCAUCUGCUCGAUCUGCAACCACGGGCACGAGUUCGUCCGGCGGUUCGAGCUGGGCACGGUGAACCUCGUGCACCUCGCGCUGUACAAUCUGAUCAUGCGGAACGGCUGCCGGCUGUACGAUCUGCGGCUCGCCAUCGUGCCGUACAUCGAGGACAAUCUGCGCGCGCUACAGCUGCCGUCAUCGGCCCUGAAGUUAACCACGAGCGAGCGGAUCGAUCUGCUGCAGCUGACGCUCCGGUACAACACGGACCGGUUCCUGAACGGGCGGGAAGUGUCCCAGCCUGCCAACCUGUGGACGCUGCGGAAAGCGCUGCCCCCGCCGAUGAAGGCCACGACCAUACCGCUCGGCGCAGAGGAGACCGUCACCGAGCACCUGCUGCGGAUGCUGCCCCCGUGCAUGCAAGUACCUUGCUUUCUGCCCCGCACCAACCACGAGAAGAACUUCUUCAUGGAUGCGGCAACCAGGGAGCGGAUGCUGGGUUUAAACUACGCCGAGCGACCGACAUCGUUCGCGGAUCCGCGUAUCAACUUUGCCGAUCUGAUCGCGCCUCCGGCGGUCCUCCACGCUUCAGCGAGUCCCGACGUCACGGACGGCAAGUCCACCGGCACCGUCGCCAGCACCGCAGUCGCUGCUACUGGCGCGUCACAGCCCCUAUCAACCGCCGGUGCGAGAGUACCGGACGCAUCGCUUGCCUCAAACUCAUCCCCAACAUCCGGUGCGGUGCCGUUCAAUGCCACCAACGGUGCACGGUUGAUCGGUGCCCGGAAGCGCAAACAGCGGGGCAUUCGGUUCAUCGCGCCCGUGCUGUUGCCGAUGCGCGACCGACUCGAGUCGCUGUUUCCGCCGCGCGCCAACUUCGACGGUGCGAACAAUCCUUUCUACCGGCUGGAACCGCCGGUACCGUACGGGCUGGGAAGGAUCCGGGGCGGGCGAAAAGGUUCCGUGAAGCGCCGCACCGUCGACGGGCACCGGCAAGGGCCGGCCAUGAAGCGGCAGCUGACGUCGGGUGAAUUCUUGCACAAGCGGGCGGGCGCAGCGCCGGCAGCAGCGGCUUCCCACUUGUCGCGCCGAGCUUCCACCGGCGGCCAGCUGCAGAAAAUCGAUGAAAACUCCGUGCUGAGCGAGCUGUCGGUGCAGAACGUGCAGCGACAUAACAGCGCGCACAGCACGAGCGGGCCCAGCAGCGGCAGUGCCGUCUCCGGGCGCCGGGCGCGCAGCUCCCAUACCUAUUCCACUUCCUCGACCAGCAGCGAGCAGGUUGGAGCCGUCGGCGGUGGCAGUGGCAGCGUGGCAUCCGACACCUCCGCGACGGAGGACCACAAACCGAUGGCGAGCGGGCGCCGUUCGUCCGGGCGGCUGGUGGCGCUGGCCAGCAAAAACUACAGCGACACGAAGCGCCACAAGCGGCGCCGCAACUCGGACACCGCCAUCUUGGCCGGCGAGCUGAACGGCUCGAACGGAACUGCGGAAGAGCAGAACCCAGGCCGGACGAGGGCGGCGGGUGGUGGCGGUAGUGGUGGCUACCACUCAAGCACGAGUAACAGCUCCUGCAUGGUCAGUGGCGUUUACUGGGAUCCAACGGCCGUCCGGGAACCGGUGCAAACACGCAACAGAACGUCCCGCCCCAUGUUUGCCGUGGUCGGCAAGCGCGUACUUCCCAAUGGAAAACAGGAGCUGCUCUGGGAAGAGCAGUGAGCCUGAGGAUGCCAAAAUUUGACGAUCCAUUGUUUACCAUACGGUCCGUUCCUGUUUCACUCAUCGCUCAUUCGUCAUCGCCGGUACGGUAUUUUCGCCAGGAUAUUUUUUUUUUGUUGUCCACAGCUUCACUUUAAUGCAUUGUUAAGGUUUUUUGUUCGUUUUGUGGUCAAUGAUGAUCAUCCAAAUGGGGUUUUUGAGGAUGGCUCGCGUUAUAUUGAACUCGUUGAAUGAAUUAAGCUGUUCGUGUUUGAGUGUGUCUCGCGAGAACACGCCGAGAAAGUACAAACGGAACACUCAAACACAGAGCAGGACACUUAUACUUGUGCGCUGGGAGCCGGGUUUGAGCUGAAAAUUCAUACAAUAAUUGUUGAAAUUUCCGUUCGACGCCGUUUAUUUCAUGAAUUUAAUUUAUUGCAAGAUUUCAAUGCGGGCCCUAACGACCCAAGAUUAUAGUUCCUUACGCGGCAGCAAGAAAAAAAAAAAGGAAAAAAUUCAGCCAGAGGGGCCAACCCGAAGAAGCUACGAACGAGUCAACGAGUUUCAAAUAGUUCGCUUUACCAAGGCAAAGUUUACGUAUUUAAUUUAUAUUUCAUUUAUUACAACUGCUAGCGUUCAUCUCCUUGCAUUUAUAAUCGUACAUUAUUAUUUCAUGCUUUGUUCGUCUAUUAGACAAGAUCUCUAAUUUCAAAAUGAAUUGUAGAAAAAGCCCCAACAAGGGCAAAUUAACCUUUAGAAUUGCGAUGCUCGGACAUUGGUGACAUUGGUCACUAUUUGCCUUUUUGUUGGUCUAUUGCAAAAAAAAACCCACCGUAUUUGUUUAUUUAUCCCAACGCUUUGAAACGACCUCCUGCACUGAACUUUAUAAGUCUGUUAAAUGAAUUAAACCCCAAAACAAAUACAGAAUCCAAAACGA